ACGGUGAAAACCAUUGUACAUAGAACAAGAAUGGAUUUGGUCAUAUCGGCUGGAUUUGGCUAUAAACUGGCAUUCAUAACACCAGUAGAAACUGUUAAUGGUCUAUAUAUAUAUAUAUACACAUCAUUUGUGAGGUUUAGAGUUACCCUGAUCUGUUAGCUCAGAACUGUUAGAGGUUACAAGACUGUUGCUUCUCUAUCAGAGGUUUUAAAGUGCUUUACACUAGGGAUGCACAUUGGUGCGGUGAAAUUUGGUGUUUGACUUUGCUAAGUGACGUUUAGAGGGUAGGUUUUCACUCAGGAAACAGAUCUAUAAAGAACUGGUCAAUCCAAGACUGUUUGCCUGAUUUUAAGGUGUCAUUUAGGCUAUUGAGCAUCUGAUUGAUUUUCUAGUUAGUGUCUAAUGAGCAGAUCUCUGGAGGCGGGACUUCAGAUUUGGCCAGUCGGGUCUCAUUACCGUCACCCCGACAUUGCUGAAACGUGCUUGUUUUGGGAACAUCAUAGUCCCCUUGCGGCUGGAUUGUCACACUUUAACUUCUUCACAGAUCACACCAAACAACCAGUGGUUCUCUCAAUGGUGCUCGAACCCAUGUUAUCUUCUAUACAGCCAUAUUUAACUUUGACAUAACUGUUUCAGGGCUUUCUGAGUCACUUGUCCUUUUCUAAAUCAUAUUUCUACAAACUGUUGUUUAUCAGGGUUAAUUAUCUGUGUAUAUAAUCAAAUAGUUUUUUCCUGAGUUUGUUGAUCCAGUGAAUUAUUGCGCUAAUUUGAAGAUCGCAAAGAGGCUCUCAGGUGUUUUUUUGUUUUUUUUUAAAGGCAAAUAGGAGUAGCAGGACAGCCUGGAGAACGGGAAAGAAGACGUGGGAGGGGGUGCGGGGGAGCGAGAGAUUAUCUGGAAGAAGAGAGCGAGCGUGUUGGAGAGGGAGAGAGAGCUGGAGAGGCAGAAGCUGGAGGAGGAGAGGAGGAACACUGUGGGAUACACGGUGUGGAGGCUGAGGGAGGGAUUCCAGGAGAGGAAGGAUAGAGAGGAGGAUAGACUUAAAGGGACGGGCACCGAGGGCGCGAAAGCAGCGCAGCCGGAGGUGAUCUGGAAAAGACGAGAGGAAGAGGAGGAAAAAGAUAGGGAUAGAGCUCGGCUUGGCGACAGAGGUCCCACAAUCAUCUGGAAGAGGAGGGAAAGGGAGUGACAGGAAAAGAUGGGGAUGUGUCAGCUCUAAGCGCUUUCUGAUGUGUGACAGGACGUGAGGUGGCAGAUUUAGACUUACGGUACAAAUAAACCUGCAUGUACUCAGACUUCAUGUAAUUUAGGUGCUAAAUAGUGUACAUCAGGUCCCCCUUUUAUAUAUUGUAUUAAAAGUGUUGAAUUUAAGUCUGACUUAUAGUAAAAUCUGUAUAGUAUCAUAUUAAUAUAUAUACAUAUAUAUAUUUAUAUAUAUAUGUAUGUAUGAUGCUUAAAACCCAUUAAAAUAAUCAUUAUUAUGUACAGAAUCAAAAACUUGUAUGUUACAUUUCAGUUUUGCGUUAUAGAUUUAUUAAUGUUGAAGGAACAAUGAAACAUUUAGCUGCACUUUAGCUUCUGAACUCUUCUGAUUGUCUUCUGAUUGAGUGAUAGUUAACAGGACAGUGGACCCCUUGUUGUAGAUGCCUGGUGUACUUUUUUUUUAACACCUGGACUAAAUUAAGUUUUUAAACCAAGCGAUGAGGAUUAUGUUGAUCUGCGCCAGUCUAAUCAUCACUGAGCGCAGCAGUUUGAAUCAUCAUUAAAUGAUCCACAUUCACUGGAUCAGUACUUUUAGCAUUUUCCAUCCAUCUCUUCCAGCUCUCUUCCUCUCUCACUCUAUCGAUCGGUCUGUCUGACGAAAGCCUCCUCUCUCAAAGUCUCAGCUGCAGCUAAUAGGCUUUUUAUGGGAGUCUGUCUGACAAGAGCUAGUAGAGUGGAGCCCAGCACAUGCAAAGAGAAAUGAACAUGCACGUAAACUCACUCGCAUGCAUAUAAAACACAAUAGUACUCUCUUUCACGCAUCUACCGAGAUAGAUUGUGUCUGGAGCACUUAUGUAUCGCUAUUCCAAUAACUUCAUGACAAUCAUUCUAUAUUUAGACAUUCAUAGUGUCCUGAGAAGCUCUAUGCAGACUUAAGAUCUGAUGCAAAACCUACACGCUGUGUAUGACAACAGCAGCUUUUAUUGUCUCUUUUCACAUCCUGUUUUUGAUACUUUCCGGACUGAACAGUGUGCACACUGUCAUCUCUUUGGUGUGAUGAUGAAGGAAUCAGUAGAUGCAGAAAAAAAGAGGACUAUAAAAGACAAGCGAAGACAAGUUAUCGAUUGCGAUAGAGCGACGUGGAGAGACAUAUAAGGACGUUUAGUGGACACCGAGACGGCUGAGACAUCAUGGAGCUCGUCCCUAAAACCAAAUACACGCCCUUCAGGAGCGACUCCUUCAGCUCAACAGACGAGACGGCAUCCAAUCCCUCUCUCCCUUCUUCUGCUCCUCUCACCCCUCUCACCCCCCCUGGCAUCCCUCCUUCUCUCUCCUCCUCCUCCCUCACUCCCAUCCUCCCCUCUUCGUCUCCACGGCAGGCUGAAAACAGCCCCACCACCCUCUGCUCCUUUUUCCCCAGGAUGGGAGCCCUGCGGCUGGGUGUGUCUUCCACUCUGCUCCCAGGCCUGAAGGCCUCCAGCAGGCCGGCAAGCAUUCCGGGUGGUCACAGAGGUUUGGGAGAGUCUCCGGAAGACACUCGGACCUCCACCGCCAACUCUUCUCCUCCUCUUCCUGUCCUUUCUCUAACAGCCCCAUCUCCUCCUCCUCGUCCCCCACAGGAUAUGAACCGGCUGGGUGGGGCCUCGCGGAGGGCCCGUGUGGAAGGGGGCCAGCUCGGUGGAGAUGAGUGGACGCGACACGGAUCCUUUGUCAACAAGCCCACCCGAGGCUGGCUGCACUCGGACAGUGUGGUCAGCACAGCUGGGGUCUCCUACACUGUCAGGUAUAUGGGCUGCGUGGAGGUGAUGCAGUCAAUGAGAGCGCUGGACUUCAACACCAGAACUCAGGUUACCAGGGAGGCAAUAUCAGUGGUGUGUGAGGCAGUACCAGGUGCCAAAGGAGCUCAGAGGAGGAGAAAGCCCUCCUCUCGUUGUCUCUCCUCCAUCUUAGGGAAGAGUAAUCUCCAGUUUGCAGGGAUGACAAUCAACCUCACCGUGUCGACCAGCAGUCUAAACCUACUGGCAAUCGACUGCAAACAGAUUAUUGCCAACCAUCACAUGCAGUCCAUCUCUUUUGCAUCAGGAGGAGAUCCAGACACAGCAGAGUAUGUUGCCUACGUUGCCAAAGACCCUGUCAAUCAGAGAGCAUGUCAUAUUCUGGAAUGCUCAGAGGGCUUGGCUCAGGAGGUCAUCAGCACCAUCGGCCAGGCUUUUGAACUCCGCUUUAAACAGUACCUGAAGAACCCCCCCAAACUGGUUACCCCUCAUGAUCGGAUGGCUCCUUUUGAUGGGUUGGCCUGGGAGGAAGAGGAAGAGGACCUGCCUCCACCCCGAGAUGCUCCGUAUUACAAUAACUUCCCCGGUAAACAGCCUCCCCCUGGAGGCUUGGUUGACAUGAGGACCCGUCCUGGACACAGUACAGGAGCCACGCUGCCCUAUGGACAGCCCAGCCAGAACGAUAUUCACAAGCAGCCUCUGCCUCCUCUACCAGUGGGUGUUAAGGAGGGAGGCUUGUUUGAUGACCCCUCAUACGUCAAUGUUGAUAAACCCCGCCUCCCAGCAGAAGCCAAUGGAAAUGCUCACAGAGAUGCAUUUGAUAUGAAGCCAUUUGAUGCUGCUUUAGGCGUGUCGGGUACAGUGGCGCCCCCUCUGGCGGAGCAGCUGCAAAACGAGCCCUGGUUCCACGGACCUAUAAGCCGCAGGCAGGCCGAAAGACUCCUGACCAAGGAUGGAGACUUCCUGGUGCGGGAGUCAAGCACCACACCAGGCCAGUACGUCCUCACUGGACAGCAGGGCGGCCAACCUAAACACCUGCUUCUGGUGGAUCCAGAGGGAGUGGUGCGCACCAAAGACCACCGCUUCGAGAGCGUCAGUCACUUGAUUAGCUAUCACAAGGACAACCGGCUGCCAAUCAUCUCGGCAGGAAGCGAGGUGUGUCUGCAGCAGCCAGUUGAUCGCCGUGCUUAAAAAAAAAAAAAAAAAAAAAAGGCAGAUUUUUCUCCAUCACACAUUCAAGAGAAACAAACUCCUCUCUUUCCUGAUUUUUUUUUUUUUAACAGACUCUAUUAGAGAAAAACAUUUAUUUUAUUUUUUUUCAGUUGGGAGUGUAAGCUAAUCAUAUCUUCACAGAAACAGAGAAUUUUGUACCGCAUCAACUACCGUCCAUGAAAUUAAAAAACGAUGCAAUCAUUCUACUCAAGGACAAAUGGACACGUCGCUUGAAAUAAGCAAUUAUAAAAAGCCAAACUAUGAGGUGUUUGAAAGAGAAGCAGAUGCGUAAUGGAUGUGACAUUACUUCCCAAACACGACAUCAUGUCUCGAAUUAAGACUGGGGUGCACCUGUAACCAUGGCAACAGGCCUGGGCAUUCUUAGAGUCGAGAGUUGAUGUGAAUGUACUAAAACUGCAGAACCUUUGUAGCACUCUAAAGAUUCACAUCUAGUGCAAGGGGCGAAAUCCAAAGAGUUUGUUUUCAGAGAACAUUUUGUUGCGGUCCUUUGGAAAUCUUGCAUUGCUGUGGUGUCAAGACUGCCUGAUGAAUAUGCAAAACUUUAAAGAGGAUCCAGAGCUCAUUCUCACGAUCACCUUCCGCAUCUAAUGAAUCACAUCCGUAUUUCCCACCGGAAUAUCUCUUUCCCAGUGUUCCCGCCAGGGGAUAACACACAAAAAUGCCUCUUAAUCUCAACCUCACCAAACCCUUUAUAGAAUUCCCAAUGUGAUCCCCAAGAAAAAUUGGGAAUUUUGGUCAUUUGGGAAGACCCCUGGACAUAUGGGAAAGCUUUAGCAGCACGGAUGCUGUGUGGAUUUUUCCUUAUGCAAAUAAACAGAUGCUGUGAGGGACUUAACGCCGCCCGUUAUGAGAUACAAACUAGUCUGUGGAGAAAGGGAACAUUCCCUUUCCACAUAUCAUCAUAUAUCAGCUUGGGACAAAAGGGACGAGAGAAAAAAAAAAUGAAGUGCAAUCAGUGGACAUGGGUGCAUAAGCCUGAAUAGGACUGUAGUUUGAGAUAAGAUUAAAGCCUUCUUAUGAUGUCAUUUUAACUAAGUUUUUAUAUAUUUGUUGCAAUGAUGUCAUCUCGAUCAGCUGAUGGCAUCAUCAGGAUGGUUUUAUUCUGGGAAAUGGAGGUUCUAUUUUUCUUGUGGACGUUACUUCUGUUCGCAUUGACAAUCGAUCUUCACGUGUAUCGAGGGGUCAGCUGCUUCUGUUUGUCCGGAGACUUGAGUUACAAGAGAAAGUGUAAGGAGGCUAUGAUGUGUGUUAUAAAACAUGCGUCCUUUUCAAAGUUUCACUAUAAUCACUUUGCAUUUGAACAGCAUGUAUUGCAAGGGGACACACCAGCCAAGAAGAGGAAAAGCACUCCAAAUGAAUUCUGAACGUGUCUUUGCAGCCACAAGUGCAGUUUCUGUUGAAGCCGCAAACAGGAAACCACUUUUUACAUCUUUGUUUGCUCUGAUAUUGAUUGUGCCUUUAACACAGACACACCGAUAAAACACAGUCGCCUUUUUUCAAUUCUAUGGGUAAUCAUGACACUUUCUUUUCUGGGGAAAAAAACAAACAAAAAAACAACUGAAAAGAUAAUCACCUGCAAAAACGACACAAGUUUAUAGUGAGGCUCAGUACAGGUUUUGGGAAAGAAGUCUUUGUUUUCUUCAGCACGUUAAUUCUGCUAUGCUGUUUUUACUGUGCUUAGUUUAGUGCUGGUCUGUGGGUUAAAUAAAACCGGUUAGUAUCACGUUAUGUUGCUUAAACUUAAGUAUGUGAAUAAACACCUUCUUUUUAUCUGUCAUUUAGAAACCAACAUGAGAUUCCCUGCAAGAGAACAUGUAAAUAAGCUUUGCCUAUGCUAAUAGCUGUCUAAAACCAGUCAUUCACCGUGUGGAUCUGUGUCAAAUGUAUCUGUUGGGAAUUUACAAACUCACAGGAUUGGACUGGGUGAAAAAAAACAUAAAGGUGUAAGAUUUGACAGGCUCUCCUGAAGACAACGCAAUCACAUUGUUUUUAUCACACAUGUAAAUAAUGAGGAUUUGCUUAGUCAGAUGUACAAAGACCCUUGUCUGGAUACUUUAUGAAUUCUGAAAUGGGCAACUGUUUUAUUUUUAGUCUUUUUAAUGGAUGUCACUUGUGAAUUUUGAGUCAACAUUCAUUCCACAUUGUAAAUCCAGAUGGAUCCCAGCCGCAACUGUAGAGAUGGUCCUCACUGCAGAAUGCAAGAUCCAACUCCUCCCACCUUACGUAUCCCUAAACUUACCCUUCUCCACCCCCUGAACCCUAAACUCACCCAUCUCCAACCCUGAACCUACCAAUCUCCACCCCCUAGACGUGGAUCCAACUGCGCCCCCUGGAUCUUGUGUUCUGCAGCGAAAUGUGCAGCCAAACUGUAUGUGACCAGCCUUCAGGCUUAUGUGAAUUUUAUUCAAAUGAAUGCAUUGAAUGGGUUUUUUUAAUCAUUUGAUGUAUGUGCUGAUAGCACCACGGAUCUGGUCACUAACUGACAGUGGAGUUUAAAAAAAGUGCGUUUAUGAGUUUGUGUGCGUGGAUGCAAACAUAUGCAGGGCUGGAAUAAUCUGGCUUUUACAACUCUGACUCGCCACUGAACUGUUUGCUCAUUUUCAUAUUUCACAGCGGCCUUUUGUUGCAUGGAAACACUCCCUGUUAUUGUGGUAACGGUGACUUUUUUUUUUUUUUUUUUUGUGGUUGGUUGUUUGCUAUUUUCUAAGCCAAAGGCAUUUUUUUUCUUUGCCUAUAUAAAUGUUGCGUCUUUUUUUUUUUUUUAUUAUUAUUAUUUUAAUUAUUUUUAUGUUGUUGUUCUUUGGGGAAAACAUAAAUGUUUACACAUGUAUCAAAUUAUAGAUUACAUAUAUAAAUACAUAUAUCAUUCACCUUU